GGCGGAGUCCGAGGCGGGCGCAGGCCGCGGGAGGGGGCGCGGCGGCUCCGGGGUCCGGCGCUCCCUCAGGCCGCGGAUGCGAUGCUGGCCGCUGCGGCUCGGGCUGCGGGCUCGGCGGCCAUGUGACGGGCGGCCCGGCGACUCUCCUCUCUCCCCGCGCUCCCGGCCUCUCCGUCCUCGGGCCGGCCGAGCGCUGGGCGAGCCGAGAGGGCAGCGCGAUCUCCGCACGAUUCUGUCAGAUUUUAAGAACAAAUGCACCUGUUAGCUCAUGGAAGAAAAAACACAAAUCAAGACACUUUUGGGUUCCAAGUUGCCAAAAUAUGGAACAAAAUCUGUAAGAAGUACGCUGCAACCAUUGCCAAAUGGGACACCUGUUAACUUAUUAGGAACAGCCAAGAGUAGUACUGUGAAAAGCUACAUCAGAAAUAAUGGCUCUGAUUGUCCCUUGUCCCACUCAUUUAAUUGGAGAAAAACAAAUAAGUACCAGCUUAGUACACAAAGUACUGAAGAUCCCAAAAAUCCUACCAACACUCAGAAUUCACAUGACAAAUUAAUUGAGCUUGAAAAACAUGCUCCUACUCAAGGGGUGUUUGAUAAAAAUGGGAUAAAGGGAGGUUUGAAAAGUGUUUCUUUACUUUCGUCAAAGUUAGCAAAGCCACCCAGUAUGUUUGUGUCAUCUGCAGAGGAGUUGAACCAAAAGUCUUUGCCCGGACCGUCUAAUUUGGGAAAAUUCACCAGAGGCACGUUAUUGGGAAGGACUUCGUAUUCUUCAGCCAGUGCUCCAAAGUCCCAGUUGAAUGGGUUUUAUGGAAACCGAUCAGUUGGUAGCAUGCAGAGGCCCAGAGCUAACUCUUGUGCCACCAGAAGCAGUUCUGGAGAAAGCCUAGCCCAGUCCCCAGACAAUAUUAAGUCUCUUACUUGUGAGAAGAUGGUAAGGUCACAGAGUUUUUCACAUUCCAUUCAGAAUUCAUUCCUUCCACCCUCAUCUAUAACCAGAUCACAUUCCUUCAAUCGAGCUGUAGAUCUUACAAAGCCUUAUCGGAACCAACAGCUACCCGCUAGAGUGCCUCUGCGGUCAAGUAUGCUAGCCAGAAGUUCCCGGCAAUCACAAAUCCUCAACGGGAAUGAACACUUAGGAUAUGGAUUUAAUAGGUCUUACGCUGCUGGUGGGAAGAAGUUGGCUUUACCAAAUGGCCCAAGUGUCACUUCCACUUUGGGUUAUAGAAUGGUUCAUCCCUCUCUACUGAAACCUGGUCGACUUCCGUUUUCCGGGACGAUCACAGUAGAUGGUAAUAAAAAUCCAACUGCUGACACGUGUAUAGAGGAAGAUACUACAGCGUUGUCCAAAGCCGGGGCUACUGAGAAGGACCAAGAACUAACUGAAAAUCAAAGUUACAGAACAGACAACGACCAGACUGUGAAACGUGAUGCGAAAAUUAGAUACCUGAGUGAUGACGUGGAUGACAUUUCCUUGUCGUCUUUGUCGUCUUCGGAUAAGAACGAUUUAAGUGAAGACUUCAGUGAUGAUUUCAUUGACCUAGAAGACUCCAACAGAACUAGAAUAACUCCAGAGGAAAUUUCUCUUAAAGAAGAAAAACAAGAAAAUGUAGCACCCAAGGAUAGAUUUGAUCCCUCCAAGGAAAAUGAAAAAUCCUUCAGUAAAACUGAUGAGUGGAUUGAUAUAAGUGUCUCUGAUAAGAGUGAAUGCACAAAACACACUUCUGAGAAUAACCUGAUUUCACCAGAUACGGAUUAUAGAGCUGGUUCUUCGUUCGAGCUCUCUCCAUCUGACAGCUCUGAUGGCACCUACAUGUGGGAUGAAGAGGGCUUGGAGCCCAUCGGAAACGUCCAUCCUGUUGGCAGCUAUGACUCCUCGGAAAUGAACAGCAUAGAUAUUCUGAAUAACCUUGAAUCAUGUGACCUCGAGGACGAUGAUCUUAUGCUUGAUGUGGACCUGCCUGAGGAUGCACCGCUGGAAGAUGUGGAGUGUGACAAUAUGAACCGUUUUGACCGAUCAGACAGAAAUAUCCGGCAGCCUCAGGAAGGAUUUUGGAAGAGGCCGCCCCAGCGGUGGAGUGGGCAAGAACAUUACCAGCUCAGCCACACCGACCACUAUCACCAUGGAAAAAGUGACUUGAGCAGAGGCUCUCCCUACAGAGAAUCUCCUUUGGGUCAUUUUGAAAGCUAUGGAGGGACCCCCUUUUUCCAGGCUCAGAAGAUGUUUGUGGACGUCCCAGAGAAUACAGUGAUACUCGAUGAGAUGACGCUGCGGCACAUGGUCCAGGACUGCACUGCUGUGAAAACCCAGUUGCUCAAACUGAAACGUCUGCUGCAUCAGCAUGAUGGAAGUGGUUCGUUACAUGACAUUCAGCUAUCAUCGCCAUCCAGUCCCGAACCAGAAGAUGGUGAUCACAUAAAUAAGAAUGAAGAUUUAUUAAAUGAAAUAAAACAACUUAAAGAAGAAAUAAAGAAAAAAGAUGAAAAAAUCCAACUAUUAGAACAUCAGCUUGCAACUCGCUGUAACUGCCACCAAAAGUCUAACGAGGAGAAAUGCACAUUUGCUGAUAAAUACACCCAAACUCCCUGGAGAAGAAUUCCUCCUCAAGUACUACAGCCUUCCAGCAGCCUUCCCAGACCCACAGACCACGCCCAGGGAAAGCUAACAAAGCCGCAGCAUCCCGAGGCCCGCAGUGAAAGUGCAACCCAGGGCUCGCAUCAGGGUAGUGCACCUCUGGAUGACACCUGUUCAUACAGCGUACAACAGCAAGAAAGCAACUCCGGUGUGGGAGAUCAGCCUUUUCCGUCAAGCCCGCAGUUGGCAGUGGAUGUGGCUAGGAAGACACCUGAAGCAAACUUGAACGUGAUGGUGAAUGCUCAGGAGCCUCAUCAUUCAGCAAAGAAUCAGAUGAAUGACCGGCAAUUUGCACCUACUUCUCUCCAGGCACUUCCUCAGUCAAGUUCAGUAGACCAGGCUAAGAGAGUGGGGCGAGACCUAUCUCCACCAGUGGGCUACCCUCCGCAGCUCAAGUCCUUGCAGCUUUUAAAGCCAUCCGUCUUGAAUUCUUUGGCACCUCCUCCAGAUUCAGAACCAUCUCCAAAUAGGACUCCUCCCCCAUCUCAGAAGCCACCAAUAAUCACAUCCUGUAAUUCAGUGAAAAUUCAGCCAACAUCUAGUCAAACAAAUCUCACAAAUAAUCCCAAAGUGUCUAAGCUCCGACCCCCGUCCUGCUCAAUCAAACAGAAACAAGUAAGUAUCCCCCGAAUUGAGCCUCAGAACCUCCAGGCCAAGACCAGCAUCCCAAGGCCACUCUCCCGACAGAAAGAAAUCAUGCAGAAUCCAAAUGGCAGCUUGCAUUCCGGGGAUUGCUUGGCUUCCAAUAGGUAUUCUCGUCUUCCUAAACCAAAGAUACAUUAAGUACAGAGCCAUCGCCUGCCACUUUGUGUUUUGAAGCACAGUCUUCUGUAAUAGCUUUACAUACAGUUUACUACCAUGGUGGAGGUUCCAUUGAAAGCCUGUAGCUCUUAAAAAUUAAAAUGUGGAAGCUUCUACUAGCUUGGCUCUUCCAUUUUAUCGCCUGGUUGAAGUACAUACCAUUUGAGCAUCUUGUCUCAGGUAAACACGAGUUCGCUUCCCCAUCCCAGAGGUCCACCAAAGGCUGUAAUCAUGUUCGCCACCCCCUGCACCUCAGCAGACACACAGUUGCCACUUAGCAGGUGGAGGCGUAUGCUUCGGUGAUGGAGUCCUGUCAAGGUCUGUGUUCCUUGUGCUUGUCGGAACCUCACCACUCCCCACCUUUCUCUCCUGUGAAUAUGGCUCCCGUUGGAACUGAAGACAUGGUGAUCAUGGAAGAUGGUCGUGUGUACGCAGAGUUCUGGCCAGUGUUUUAUAUAUUUCAAAGGUCUAUGCAAAAGCUUUGUGAUGAAUAAAGGAGAACGGGCUUUUCA